AGUGAUUAGUUGAAGCUGUCGUAAGACCUGUUAGUUUUAUCCAUCUUCUCAGCGUUGACUUCAAUUCCUGUGAUCCACUCGAAUCGAUCUAAUGGCUUCUUUUUCUUCUUCUUCUUCAUCAUCCUCCGAUUCUCGAUACAUCUACGAUGUGUUCAUCAAUUUUAGAGGAGAAGACACUCGCAAGUCUUUUGUUUCUCAUCUCUAUGCUGCCUUCUCAAAUGCCGGAAUCAACGCUUUCAACGACGUUGAACGACUUCUCAAGGGAACCGAAGUGAAAGCAGAACUAUUGAGAGCAAUAGAAAACUCUCGUAUAUCAAUUGUUGUUUUCUCCACAAACUUCGCUGGAUCUAUUUGGUGUCUCAACGAGCUUGAAAAAAUCAUGCAAUGCCGCGAAAACCAUGGCCAAGUCGUUAUACCAGUGUUUUACGACGUUGAUCCAUCGGAUGUCCGUCGUCAACAGGGUGCUUUUGGAGAAGCUUUUGGAGAAACAUUACAACAAACUGCAAAAAGUAGAAAACUGGGGGAAUUGUCUCGUUGGAGGACGGCACUCAUUGAAGCUACUAGUUUGUCUGGUUGGCAUCUCGGCAAUUCCAGGAGUGAAGCUGAAGUAGUGCAGCGUCUUGUUGAGGAUCUUUUGAGAAUGCUAAAGAGGACAAUGAAUAUCACCCAAUAUCCAGUUGGAUUGGAUACCCGUGUGCAACAAGUGAUUCAGUUUAUUGAAAAUCAAUUCACCAAAGUUUCCUUGAUAGGUCUCUGGGGUAUGGGUGGAUCGGGUAAAACAACAACAGCCAAAGCCAUCUACAAUCAAAUUCAUGGCAAUUUCGUGAAUAGAAGUUUCAUUGGAAAUGUUAGACAAAUUUGCCAAAAGGAAAAUAGCGGGAUUAUUCAUUUACAACAACAACUUCUUUCAGACAUCCUGAACACAAAGGAGACAAUAGGUAGCAUUGAAGAGGGGGAAAUGAUGAUCAAUCGAAGAUUUCAGGGGAAAAGGGUACUCGUUGUACUUGAUGAUGUGACCACAUUUGAACAGUUAGAACUGUUGUGUCGGAAUCCUAAUUUGUUUGGUCCAGGAAGUGUAUUAAUUGUUACAACCAGGGAUGCACACCUGCUUAAGCUAGUUAAAGUUGACUAUGUCUGUACAAUGAAGGAAAUGGAUGAACAGGAGUCCCUUGAACUUUUCAGUUGGCAUGCUUUUAAACAUCAUAGUCCAAUGGAAAAAUUCAGUGAACUCGCAAGGAAAACAGUUGCUUAUUGUGGAGGAUUACCACUGGCUCUUGAAGUCAUUGGUUCUUACUUAUAUAAGAGGUCAAAAGAAGAAUGGAAAAAUGAACUCUUGAAAUUAGAGAGAAUUCCCAAUGAUCAAGUGCAUCGGGUGCUGAGAAUAAGCUAUGAUAGUUUAAAUUAUGAUAUGGAAAAGGAUAUAUUUCUUGACAUAUGUUGUUUCUUUAUUGGUAUGGACAGAGCCUAUGUUACAGAGAUACUAAAUGGCUGUGGACUUUAUGCUGAUAUUGGAAUAGCUGUCCUCAUAGAUCGGAGCCUCCUAAAAGUUGAGAAGAAUAACAAGAUUGGAAUGCAUGAUUUAAUAAGAGACAUGGGAAGAGAAAUUGUUCGUCAAAGUUCACCAAGAAAGCUAGGGGAGCGUAGUCGAUUGUGGUUUCAUGACGAUGUGCAUGAUGUUUUGACAGAAUAUAUUGGAACAGAAAAUGUAGAGGGAUUGGUUUUGAAGUCUCAAAGAACUGACAGUGUUUCCUUCGGUACUGAUUCUUUCAAGAAGAUGAAGAACCUCAGGCUUCUACAACUUGAUCGUGUUAACCUCAUUGGAAGUUAUGAAAACCUUUCUAAAAAGCUGAAAUGGGUUUAUUGGCAAGGAUGUACCUUAAACUAUAUACCUGACGAGUUUCAUCUAGUAAAUCUAGUUGUUUUUGAAUUAAAACACAGCAAUAUUAAAGAGUGGAACGAAACCAAGGCGCUGGUGAAUCUAAAAGUUCUCAAUCUCAGUCAUUCAAAAUACUUGAAAAGCUCCCCGGACUUUUCAAAAUUGCCAAAUCUUGAAAAGCUCAUUAUGAAGGAUUGUCCAUGUUUGUCCGAAAUACAUCCAUCCAUUGGAGGUCUCAAGAAUCUUCUUCUGAUAAAUUUGAAGGACUGUACAGGUCUUAACAAUCUCCCAAAGAGGAUCUAUCAACUGAAAUCUUUGAAAAUUCUCAUCCUUUCUGGUUGUUUGAAGAUUGACAAAGACAUAAAGCAGAUGGAAUCCUUGACAACACUGAUUGCAAAAAAUACAGCUAUUAAAGAAGUUCCCUUUUCAAUAAUUGACGAGAAACAUGCUGAUGAUUCACAUGUUUUGAAGAAUGAUGUUGAUACUAAGUCCAAAGGUGAUCCCUCAAGGUGUGAUAUUCAAAGGGACGUGGAUGAAGCAAGUAAAAGACACGUGGAAAUUCUGAAUCAAUCAGAGGAUGCUGAUGAGAAGGGUGCUUUCCUGAAUGAUGUUGAUGAUGUCAACAGAAGGAGGGUCGAGCAAAUUCCAUAUGCUAUUGCUGAAAGCCUCUUUAACAGGUUGGCUUCCACUACUUUUCAUGAACAUGGACGGAUUUAUGGUGUUAUAGAUGAGUUGGAAAGGCUUAAGAACAGUGUCGAAUCCAUAAGAGCUGUGCUCCCUGAUGCCCAGAAGAAACAGGAACAAGAUUGUGCUGUACAAAAUUGGAUAACAAGCCUCAAGGAUGUGCUUCAUCUUGCAGAUGACUUGCUUGAUAAAUUUAUUAUUGAAGGUAUGAGAUACAAAGAGGAUGCAAGUGAUAAGAACCAACUGACAUGGGGUCAUUCAUCAAGCCAUAAUUUUCUACACCAAAAAGUGGCUCCUGAAAUUGAAAAAAUACAAAAAAAGUUUGAUGAUGUGCUAGAAGAAAUGGAUAUGUUGAAAUUAAGCCCAAAAGCUGCGGUGGUUAAGCAAACUGACAGUUUAAGGAGCAAAUCUAUUUCUUUUUUGUUAGAAAAUGAUAUCACUGGCAGAGAUGAUGACAAAGAGGAGAUUAUAAAUCUCUUGAGGCAACCACAUGGAAAUAUCUCGUCAAUUGCCAUUGGAGGUAUUGGAGGUAUAGGCAAGACAACUCUUGCUCAACUUGUAUAUAAUGAUGUGGAAGUGCAAAAUCAUUUUGAAAAGCGAAUGUGGGUAUGUGCAUCAAAUCACUUUGAUGUCAAGACUAUUGUGAAAAAAAUGCUGGAGUCAUUAAUCGAUAGCAAAAUUGAUGCUAAGUUAUCAUUUGAAUACAUACAGCAUAAACUUCGUGAAAGUUUAACCGGUGAAAGGUACUUGUUAGUCUUGGAUGACAUUUGCAAUGGUAGCCAUGAAAAUUGGACUCAAUUGAGAACUUAUCUAAUGUGUGGUUCUAAAGAUAGUAAGGUUUUAAUGACAACUCGCAGUAAAAAUUUGUCAGAGAUACCCAAAGCAAGCAACCUCUGGGUUUUGAAUGGUUUGACUCUAGAUGUAUCUUGGAAUAUGUUAAAGAAAAUUACAUUUGGGAAAGAUACCAGUGUAGUGAAUAAAAAAUUUGGAUCAAUUGGUAAAAGAAUUGCAAAUAAGUGCAGGGGAGUUCCACUAGCAAUUAGAGCACUGGGAGGCCUAUUACAGAGUAAAAGUGAAGAAAGGGAAUGGAUCAAUGUCUUACAAGGCGACUUCUGGAAAUUAUGUGAAGACAAAGAAUGCAUCAUGCCAAUUCUGAAAUUGAGUUACCAGAGUUUGUCGCUUCGGUUGAGACAAUGUUUUGCUUAUUGCGCUUUAUAUCCUAAGGAUUGGGAAAUCAAGAAGGAUUUGUUGAUUCAACUUUGGAUGGCACAGGGCUAUCUUGACUGCACAGAUGAAAAAACACUCAUGGAAGAUGUCGGUAACGAAUUUGUGAAGAUUUUCUUGAUGAAGUCAUUUUUCCAAGAUGCAAAAGUGGGAGAAGAUGGUGAUAUAGUUAGUUUUAAAAUGCAUGAUCUAAUGCAUGAUCUUGCAACACAAGUAGUUGGAAAUGAUUGUUGUUAUUUGGAUAGGGAGACAAAGAUAUGGGGACAAAGACCCAUACACGUAUCGUUGGAGCCCAAUGCAGUCCAUUUGUUGGACACAUUAGAUGCAAGCAGACUGCGAACUUUGAUUUUGCUGUCUUCCAACGAGGAGGAGGAAUUGAAUGGGGAUGAAUUGUUGGUUAUUUCUAAAUUCAAACACUUACGUGUCUUGAAGCUGUCACAUUGUUCUUUAAGCAAGUUGUCUACUUCAAUUGGAAAAUUGAAACAUUUAAGAUAUCUUAACUUAUCACACUGUAGAGGACUAGGAAGUCUUUACAAAUCCAUUAGCAGUCUUGUUUUGUUACAAACACUGAUAUUGACACCUAAGGAAAAAUUUGAGUUUUCUACGGAGGUUGUAUCAAAAUUAAUCAAUUUAAGACACCUUCACAUCUCUAAUUGGGAAGCCUCCAGAGACGAGAGACCAUCUGAAUUUGUAAAAUUAAGCAUCUGGAAAUAUGAGGGUAUGGUUUUUUCAAAAUGGCUUUCUCCACUCACAAAUAUUGUUGAAAUAUCUUUCUUUUUGUGUGGAAGUCUCCAGCAUCUCCCACCGUUGGAACAUCUCCCAUUUCUUAAGUCCCUUCAUAUAAGUUUCCUUGAAGAACUGGAGUACAUAUAUUAUGAACAACAAGAUUUUACUUCAGCAUUCUUUCCAUCUUUAGAGAGCCUCACUUUGCAGUUUUGUUACAAGUUGAGGGGAUGGUGGAGGAUGGGAGACGAUUUCAAUAAUACUACCUGUUCACUAAAUCUCUCCUUGCCUCCCUUUCCUCGUCUCUCUCAAUUAUCAAUCAUAGGAUGUCGGAUCUUGACUUUCAUGCCUGCCUUUCCAAAUCUUGAGAACAGAUUGGAAUUGUACAAUAGUAGUGUGGAAACCUUGGUAGCAACACUGAGCACAGUAGCAUUAGAAAGUUUGAAUGACUUCCCUCCUCUCUCCAUGCUCAAAUCCUUGCACAUUGACGGAGUGAACCUGGAUGUGAAAAGAAUCCCAGCGGAUUGGAUGCAAAAUCUUACUUCUCUCCAGCUUCUUCAAAUUAAUUGGUUUUCUUGUCAAGCAUUUCAGGAAAUCGAAACUUGGUUUAAGGAUGACCUCAAGUGUCUUCCUUCUCUACAAACAAUUACCUUUCAUAAUUGCGAAGACCUAGAGGCAUUGCCAGAUUGGAUAUGCAACUUCUCAUCGCUUCAGCAUCUUAGGGUGUAUGAUUGCAUAAAUUUGGUAUCCCUGCCUGAAGGAAUGCCCUGUCUAACCAACUUACAGACCCUAGAAAUCAUUGGGUGUCCCCUCUUAGAUGAAGAAUGCCAGGCAAAAACAGAUGAAACAUGGCCCAAAAUUCGUCAUGUGCCAAUGAUAAUCUUAUCAUCUCUUCAUUAGAAAGUUAUUUGUUAGCAUAGGCGGGAGACACUUUUUAUUCUUUUGUCAGAACAAAGCAGUACAUCAGAGCUUUCUACAUGAUUCUUGAUGUUCCCUGUUCGCUUCGUCUUCUCCUCUGCCUUCACUAACUAUUUCCCGGCAAUUCUAUCUGUUUCCCGUCUUCAACUUCUCUAAUUAAAUGCAUUGCUUCUUUACAAGGAUGAAUCAGAAAUCCAACAGUGGUUGCUCAUUGAGACUUUCAUCGUACUGUCGAUUGCUCUGCUGAUUUGGGGAUUUUUUUUUUUUGAAAACUUGGUAUCCGGCCUCUGCUGAUUUGGGGAUUACAGUUGGGUUGAUAUUAUAUGCUUUGAAUAGUGUGGGAUCUAAGCUGCUGCUGGAGAAUCCCUUCAUGCGAGAAGCUAAUUAGGAUCUCAACAAGCAAUCUCUAUUUUGGUGGAAAACUACUAAAAGUUUAUGUUCCUUUUGUUCGCAGGGUAAACAAUCUUGGGUCAUGUGCUCUUUUCUCUUUACUUUGGAGUUUGUGUGGUUGUAAUCUCUUAUCAAUUUUUUUGGAGAUGAAUUGUGCUCACCGGUGGAAUCUGCUUACAGGAAUCUCAAAGAAUAAUUUGUUAUUGCAUCUCUUUGCAUGUAAUAACGUCUCAAUUGCUGUUGGUUGAUGAAGUAGUCAAGUUAGAUAUAUUUUUCAAAGGUGUGAAGCUUCUUUCAAAAUUGAGUGUGCCAUGGAAUUCUUUAGUUCCUCAAUGUCAGAAAUCUGACUUGUCUAUUCGCAGACCUCGCUGUAGGUUCUCUUAGCGUCUUUCGAAUAAGAUUCACAAAACAGGAGAAAAAAUUAGUCGAGGUGAUGUAGACGGAACUAAGGUAAAAAAAGAAGGGUUCAACAUGAGUAGUUGAUUGUGCUAAGCCAGUGGAAGACUAGUUUGCGGACAUUGCUUCUCUUAGAAGUUUCUUCAAGAGAGGAUUAAGGUCAGUCUUAAGGCCCUUGCUCUUGGUGAUUUUGCUACUGUUACCCUUGUCAAAUCCAAGAAUACUUUUACCUUUGACAGUAACUUUUCCAAGCCAUAUUUGAAAUAUUUGACAAAGUACUUGAAGAAACACUAUGUAAGAGACCGACUCCGAGUGAUUGCUUCAAACAAAGAUAGAAGUUUCUAUGAGCCGAGGUACUUCAACAUUGCUGAUAAUGAGGGAGAGGAAGAAGACUAAUUGUAUGAUCAACAUAUUUAUUCAAAACUUUGUUUGCUCUUUUUCCCUAGGGCCUAGCUUUCCUAUUGGCAAGUAUUGCUUGAGAAAUUAUAUUUUGUUCAGACUGUUGCAAUUUAACAGUUUUGAUUAUUUAAAGGUUAUGUUGCUAUUUAUGAAAAAAAAUACCUCUGUUGUGAACUACUUUCA